AUGAGGGGCCAUCGUCUCCCCGGCGCCUCGGACGUGGAAAAGACACUUUAAAGUCUCCGUGGACACGUUUAGCGAUGAACCUGCGGGUGUCCCCCAAGAGCACCGGACCCCCUGCACCGAGGGUCGCCCUCUCCUGCCCGGGUUUCUUUGGACCUGCUACCCCCUGCUCCCAAUGAUUGCGAUUUUCCAUCCGACAUUUACAAAGACUCCCCUCACAUCUGAUUAGAUUUUAUUCACAAUUCUGUACAUAUAGCCUUCUUUCUCCAGCUUGAAUUCAGUCAACAACCCAGCACCUGUUUCUCCGUUCUUCCCCUGACCCCCUUUCUCCUCUUUUCUGAUUAAGUUACGCAUCAACACGCACUUUGGUCCACACAUAACGCACACACAUAAAUCAGCCACCAUGUCCUCCAUCCUUCCCUUCACUCCCCCGGUAGUGAAACGUCUCCUGGGAUGGAAGAAGACUCCAGCAAGUACCGGGGGAGCAGGAGGAGGAAUUGGGGGAGUCGGGGAGCAGAAUGGAGGAGGUCAGGAGGAGAAAUGGUGCGAGAAAGCCGUGAAGAGCCUGGUGAAGAAGCUGAAGAAGACAGGGCAGCUGGAUGAGCUGGAGAAGGCCAUCAGCACACAGAACAGCAACACAAAGUGUGUCACUAUACCCAGCAAUUGCUCAGAUCUAUGGGGUCUAGGCUCAGGCCACACGAUAGAGCAGUGGGACUCUGCAGGCAUGUAUGGAUACCCUGACCACAGCAGGUCUCUGGACGGGCGUCUUCAGGUGUCCCAUCGCAAAGGCCUGCCGCACGUCAUCUACUGCCGCCUCUGGAGAUGGCCCGACCUACACAGCCACCAUGAGCUGAGGGCCAUCGAUACCUGCCAGUACGCCUUCAACCUCAAGAAGGAUGAAGUGUGCGUCAAUCCCUACCAUUACCAGAGAGUGGAGACGCCAGUGCUGCCACCAGUGUUGGUUCCGCGACAUACAGAGAUUCUGACAGAGCUUCCACCUCUUGAUGAUUUUACAAACUCCAUUCCUGAGAACACCAACUUCCCUGCUGGCAUAGACCCUCCGAAUAACUAUAUACCAGAGACUCCUCCCCCCGGCUACAUCAGUGAAGAUGGAGAGACCAGCGACCAGCAGAUGAAUCAGAGUAUGGAAUCAGGCUCACCAGCAGAAAUGUCACCAAGCACCUUGUCACCUGUCAGUCAUGGCCUGGACCUUCAGCCAGUCACGUACAGUGAACCAGCGUUCUGGUGCUCUAUAGCCUACUACGAACUAAACCAGCGGGUGGGAGAGACGUUCCACGCCUCACAGCCGUCUCUGACAGUCGACGGCUUCACCGACCCCUCCAACUCUGAACGCUUCUGUCUAGGGCUCCUCAGCAACGUGAACAGGAACGCAACUGUCGAAAUGACAAGGAGACAUAUAGGUCGCGGUGUGAGGUUGUAUUACAUCGGAGGGGAGGUGUUCGCCGAGUGCCUCAGCGACAGUGCCAUUUUUGUCCAGAGUCCCAAUUGUAACCAGCGGUACGGCUGGCAUCCUGCCACAGUCUGCAAGAUACCACCAGGCUGUAACCUGAAGAUUUUUAACAACCAAGAGUUUGCUGCACUGCUGGCCCAGUCAGUCAAUCAGGGAUUCGAGGCGGUCUACCAGCUAACCAGGAUGUGCACGAUCAGAAUGAGCUUCGUCAAGGGCUGGGGAGCCGAGUACAGGCGUCAGACAGUAACCAGCACCCCCUGUUGGAUUGAGCUGCAUCUCAACGGCCCCCUCCAGUGGUUGGAUAAGGUGCUGACCCAGAUGGGCUCCCCCUCAGUGCGCUGCUCCAGCAUGUCAUAAACAGGCUCCCGCUGCUGUGGGCGCUAACUCAGACUGACAUUUCAUGAUGUUUGAACAGUACGUUCUGAAGAAGACAACCACGCCGUCUUAAACUGAUGAACUGACAGCAUUUUGAAAACAACAACAACAACAACAACACAAACGGAAAAAAACGAUUACACAUUGGACCUGGAGGAGAGAAUGACACGACUAAUGGACAGGAGGGGAAUGUUAACAGUGAUGUCACACUGGACCUGGUUACCUUUUGGCUCUGUUGGAUCAACAUCAGGCUGACAUUCCAGUAAUCACGGACCUAAUCAUGAGAAUUUAAAUCACACUGCAAUAUCAAAAAUGCUUAAUGAAGAGCGAGGUCGUAACGGACCAGACUGCAUUUGUGUUUUUGGUAUUUGAACGAGGCUGCAGCCCAGAAGACACACAGCAGGACCGGUAGUGUCCUCGCCAUCGACCCGACCGUGGCUGUUCCUGGGAUUGAACGUGUAAACAGGACAGUCUGUCCAACCACAAGUCCACCUCGCCUCUUCCCUACCAACCACAGCACAAGCUUUGACUCAGCAUCGAUAUGUUUCCGUUUACACGAGGGUUGACUGACAGUACUGCCACUCCAGGCUCUUCUUCGUUAGAAAUCGACCUCAGGCCUGGACAUGAAUUUCUCAGCAUCUCUUGGUUUUGACGACCAAACUUCCAGCUCAUUUUUAAAGUCCAACCCCUUUCUCGCCCAACCAGCCCUGCGUGAUUGAGACCACACCCCCCGACUACAGGGUCCUCAACCCUUAGAGCGGUGACCACUGGAAGAACGAUAUGUAAUUAAUAUGACAUACCCUGUCUUUACAUGUUCACACGCACACACACACACACACAUACUGUGACAGAAACACACUUUUAAAGUUCAUUCAUCACUUGAGUAGAUAUUUGAACACGUUGUUUUACUUACAGAAUUCCUCUGUGCAGAACAUGGGUUGGUCCGAUUUGAUCGAGUGUGCAGUGGAGCAGAUGUUUCUUCUAUGAGGAGUUUUAUCUUUUUUUAAAGUUUGGUCCCUAGCGAACCAGCACAGAUAACUGGAAUGAGUAAGCUGAGGAAUCCUCAGAGUAAGAACAUGCGACGCGUCACCUCUGUGGAACUUCAAACCGCUUCAAUCUUUGAACGUUUAGUCAGUAGAAAUAAAAAAAAAAGACAAAUCCAGAAGGAUUUACUCACAGUUUCUCUAGUUCGUCGGGCCCAACAAGAUGCACUAUCUCUGUUUCCCUCCCGCAUGCUCUUGCUGUCUCUCGCUUACAUUCUCGCCAUUUUUACUAUUCUAUCAUCAUGUAUAUGAAGGGGAGUCCGAUGUCCGCCGCGUGCAGGACCAGAGCUCGAUGUAAACCCAAGAGUCUAAGCUUCAGUGUCGCCCCCUGCUGUCGAACAGACUAAAAAGAGAAACGGUCAUCUCGUGACGUUUCACAAAUGUAUAAAACGUGCAAGUCUCUUGAUUAUUUGCCUGGACUGAUGCACGGUUGUCUUUCAUUAUUGACAUUUUAUUAAUAGAGUCCCGCAGUGUGGGACUUUAAAAAGAAAAACGCCCCUAUACUGUACUUGCACUGCCCCCAAUCAUGCACCCGUAAUAAAGAUGCCUUUUAUGUAAAGUUCAGCAAGAUAUGCUUUGAAAUGUACAGAUAGGAAUGUUGCAAAUCCAACCUGAAAUUAAGAAAAUCUGAAGAAAUUUUCACAAAUUUAGGAUAUUCGCUUUAAAUAUUUAGUCCAUAUAUUGUCUGAAUUGGCUAAUUGUCUGGAGCAUCUAUUUGAUUUUAAUAAGAUCCCCUUGCCCUGAUCUAAAAGCCAGCUAAUACCUAUGUCGGUAUUUUUAGAGCCAAAAUCUUUUCAACUCAAAGUAUUUAAGCUUUAAGUAAUUGACAAGCUAGUUAUACGACACAGUUAUUAUUUUCUUUACACAUUCGUUUAGCUACAUUUUUGUAUUUUCAUGUAUUUUUUUAUAUAUAAAUAUAUUUAAAAUCUUCAAAGCUUUCUUCCUUUUUAUUAGAAUUCAAAUAUUUUUUAGAAUAUGCCCUCUGGUUUGAAAUGAUCACAGCUUGACGGUGAAGAAGUGAAUGUGAAGUAUGUAGCAUAGGAUCUAACGUGUAUCGCUGAGAAUAGUUCUUUGGAAUCUUUUGGCGGUUGAAGCUGUUGAAAAAAGAAAUUUCUUGCCUUACUGUUACUAAUUCUUCAGCUCGAGGGUCGCGACCCCAAAUUGUAAUAGUGCUGUCCCAAAGACUGAAUUCAUGUAUUUAUGGUAUGUCCUGUACACUGCAGAUCCACUGUGUCAAGAAUACGAACUGCUGUUGAAAGCCUAGCUCCAGUUUUUAAGUAUUUUAUCUGCGUCAUGGUGAUGUUCAAACUUUCCGAUGUAAUUUGCGACUUUGGUUAGUUGCUCAAACACACAUUUCCAGUAUACAAUAGUCAUUUGAAAAGUAAGCUGUUUUUAUAUAGCGAAAAAUUCAGACUUUUUGAAAGUAUUAGGGUUUAAUCCAUUAGCCGGGUAAGACAGUAUUAAUUUCCAGUAUCGCUGCAGUUGGUAUUAAUUUAAAAAGUAACUCCACUUUACUUAAGGACAUUCCAGUACGCGGUGUAAAAGCUGCAGCCGAUCCCAGCACUGCAGCGGUUCCAUUCUCAGUAUGGUUGUACACUGUUAACUGACAGGGAUUGUGUUUAUAUGCACACAGGUAUUGAUGGUGUUAUUUCCCAGUUGAGGCCUCUUUACUGUAGGUGUAUUCCUCAUGUGCAUCCGUGCACUGAACCCAUAGAGUGUUUGUAAUUAAGUAGGACAUGUAAAUACAUGUAAAUGGGACUAUACAUGCACCGCCAUCUUGGAUCAAACUGUCACAUUCCAGAUAUCCGCUCUGUCUUUCUACAAACUGGAAACAAUACAAACCUCACGUAGGUCUUAAUUUCUUACACAACGAUGCCGGUGCAUGUGAACACAUUCACAGUUUCUAUUUUAAUUUUCUCACUCCCGCCACAUACGGCAGAAAAUGUACAGUUCAUAAUAAAUGUUGUGAAACGCCAGAUGAAGGUUUAGUUUAGAGACGAGAAGUCCAGAAAUCCUGAUGUUUAGUCGUCCAUGUUGUCCGUCCUGCAGAAACUUUAGAAAACAAGACAAUUUUUAUCAUUGGAUACACACUUGAGAAAUGGCAUCCUCUGAACAAAGUGACAGAUUGACACUUAAAAAAAAAAAUCUCCCAAGCAAGUGACGAUCCUCCAAGACGAGUUGUUAAUGGUUUGACCCAAGUUUUGAAUCAGUAGAAAUCAUUCCAUGCUCACUUGUAACCAAACAAAAAAUCAGCCAAAUGCAGUGAUGUUGGUCUCUGUGUGUAUCUUUCUUUUCUCUCGUCUGUCCUGUCUUUUCGCUGCUCUUGUUAUUUUGUCAUUUAUUAGGCGACAAAGUUGACUUGACUCCACCGAGGUCAAGACACCACAUGCUAAGAUGAAAAUGUAAUGUUGUGUCUUUGCAAACCCACGGUUGUUCUAUGCAGUGGCAUCGAAUUGUCUGGACGCAUUUCUCCCAUUUAGAAGUAUACAUGGUGUAUUUUCUGAUGACUCGACAAACUGUUGUAAACAUUUAGUCAGGGUCCAGCAAAAGCCUUUUUAUUUUUUUUAAAUCUUCUUUUCUUUCUUUAAACGAGUGCCACUUGGAAUUGUUUCCCCCCCAAAACAUCCACCUUUUCAAACUAUAACAAUAACAAAAUAGGUUCCUUAUAGACGACAUCUACACAUUUCGAAGGGUCCACAUUCCCAUUUACAGAUCAUGUUUUAUUUUAUUUCUUCUUAUUGUGAUGACAAUUGUGUAUCCCCAAUAAAGCCGCUUUCUGAUGAAUUUUCUGAUUUAAAAAAAAGAAGGUGGUUUAUUUUGGAGAAAAGUGAAGUUUCUACAAGUCACUAGUGUUGUUUAUUGUAUAGUUUUACUUUUAUUUGACCAUACAUGCUUUCUUCUUUUUUUUCUUGCUAUCGACGAUUAUUAUUCCAUUAGAAAACACGCUGUUAGGAUUUCUGUCUUCUUCAAACACUGAUGAUUGAAUCUUCAUAGACUUUCCAACUAUUCUACAUAUACAUUCAACUUAU